ACAUUCUGUCCAUCUGCUCAAACCUUAAACGAAUUCGGAAGUCUGACAGGCCGCUAUGAUAAGUGCUUCUUUUUUCCUAAUACACCAACAUGUCCUUCGAGGAGAAUGUCGAAGCGAUACCUCUUAUGCAUCCAGGCGAAGACAAUGCGCACACGUCUAUGCCAAAGCGUCGAGGGUCCCGAUCUUCAAGCAACCCCCGGGGAUUCCUGGCUAAAUGGACUUCUCUUCCCCAUUCAGCCCUCCUCAUAGCAUUGCUUAGCUUGUUCCUAAGCAGUCUGGGACUAGCAAGCUCAUUGCGAAGUUUCAGGCAACAAAAUGAACUUGACGAGGCACAACUCGAAUUACUUCGGAAGCCAAGUCUUUAUUUUGGAUUUGAUAAAGUCCCUCGGAUCCAGCAGAUACUGUCCUUGGAAAGUCUUAUAGCCCAGGCUCAGGGCACUGCCACGAGCUCUGUCGUUACUGAGCCUACGCAUUCGUUGGAUGAGGAUCACCCAACUGCUGGUCAUGGUCAUGGUCAUGUAGCCACGCCGGCUGCAGGUCCAGGUCGACCGGUGAAUAUUGCCAGAGUAAACUCACAGUAUCCUGAUCAAAUAUUCGCGCGAGAUGGUUGGGUGUUAAUUACCGAACACGAUAGAACCUUACUGGAGUUUCGCACAUCUUCACAUACCUCACGAUGCGUCUUCGCGUCCUACUUCCCAACCCGACGAUCACUAGGCGAUCGACUCCUCACUAUCGAACUAGAUGAUCCGAACACCCCAAUAGCCAGGAUCCAGCUGACUACGAUGACAGUCUCUGAGUCUGUCGACUUCGCGACUUUGACAUGGAACACACGCCCACAAGCAUUGAAACUAGUUGGAGAACUCGAUGCCUCAUUUGGACGUAAUGACACGACAGGAGAGUUCGAUUGCGAACCUGAUACACGGCUAUUGGUGGAGUUGGCUUGUAUUGGACGAGGUUGCAGGAUUGAAUAUAAAGAUGAAACUGGGUUUCCGAAAAUUGGCAUAGAGCUGGUAGACUCAUAAUUCUUGCCACCGGCCUACAGAACAUGAGAUAUCUCAAGCGACGGAAUGUACGUCAGUUGAAGCAGCCACAGCAAUUCCUCAGUUGAUGGUGGUAAGAAUCGUUCCCCAAGUACGCCCCCAGGAAAAGUCGUAGUGCAAUUCAAAUGUUGUUGCAGCAUGGAACACAAGUACAUACUACAUACAGAUGACCUAUAAUUAUUGUAGUUACAGCUGAUACGAUCACUACAAGCACAUAAUGAACUAGAUUAGGUGACUUCGCAUAUUAAAAGAUUGACUUAUAUUACUUUC